CAUGAGUGAGUACUAAUCUAAAUGUUUUCUCCUCCAUUAACUGAUGCUAGCACUGGAGGGGAGGAGGGUCAUAGGUACCCAGCCCAUCCUGCUGACCAGGAGGAGGGCAUUAAGUACCACGCCCAACCUGCUCACCAGGGGGAGGGCCAUAAGUACCACACCCAUCGAGCAAAUCAGAGCGAAAAUGUCAGGACUGAUGAGAGCAGUCCAAAGUGCCCAAAGUUGAGUAAAUCUCCUGGAAUCAAGCAGUGCAAGAAAAACCUUUCUGAAUCUCCUGAGCUCAGGCAUCAUACAGAAAUAUCCAAAGAGUUUUCAAGGCAAACCAAGUGUGAAGAUAUUUCUCCUGAACUCCAAGAACGGGAAGAAAUCUUAAAUGAGUUUCCAAGAUCCAGACCCCUUGAGGAGAACUUAUCUGAAAGUGAUGUUCAUCGCAGUUGCCAUCAGGAAAGCUCGCCUUGUCAGCCUGAGGGUGGCUUAUUCGGGUUCACCCCAUUCCACCAGCAAGGGUCUCCACAACUACAGCAUCUUCUACCCUGGAAUCCUCUACAGUUUAGAGCUCCAAAUCAUCCUCUAGUUGGACCUUGGGAUACUCCUUACUUACCACAGUUUCUUUUGGAUCCUCGUCUUGGUUUCUCAUCUCCCUUUCGUCCCAUCCCUCAUGUGUUAGAACGAUACCCAAAUUUUUGCAAUGCAUCCCCAAUACCAUCAUUUAUGCAUUUAUCAAAUACCUCUUCACCUACACUCCUGCCACAAGAAACCUUUGGUAGAAAACGAAGAAUGUCUGCCGAAUCAUUUCAACAUUCAACCUCAUUUCCAGGCUAUGAAAACCAGUCAUUAAAGGCUAGAAUUUUAAACCGAUCUCCUGUCAGUUCUGAUUUGGAUCAAAGAAGGCAUUUGUUUGCUCAAUCCUUGUCUCAAAGUAGCAGGACUGUCCCAUCCCCAAGUCCUGCCUCAAUGCACAGUCAAGGAUCUACAUCAUCUCCUGUUCCCGGUCCAAGUCAAAGGUUAUCUUCACCAAAGAGGGAAUUAUCCAUAUACCGUCCAACCAGAAUGUGUUAUGAAAAGGGUACAACUGUAAGACUAGCAAAUGGAAACAUGAAAAAGAUUGAGGACCUUCAUACCUUGGACUUCCUGGAGUCUGAAAAGUUAGACUCUUAUAUUAAAAUAGAGCGCACCAUGGUUAUAAAACUUGAGUUAAAUCCACAGAAUAACUCAGUGUUUAUUACCUUCAGCUUGGGUAGGUUUAAAUUACAAGUAACUAUUGAAGCUGAUGUGGAACAUCCAUUCUUUGUUGUUGACCAGGGUUGGUCAUCUACUGUACCUAGGUUGAGUCUCUCCAGGUACCAGCUGGAUUGCCAGCAACUGAAGCUAGGAGAUGUGUGUAUAUCUAUAACCAAUAGGGUUUCAAACUCCCAGUCCACUCUAAUGCCCCCACCAAUGGCCGAGGAGCCAUCUGGUACUAAAUUGAGGCAGGUUCCAUUCCAGUGGUAUUCUAGCAUUCAACGAAUAGAUGCAGGUAGUCCUUUAAACCUCAGGAACCCUGUAAAAUCUAAAAAUGCUCCCUCUUUGUCCUCUAGAAGAGCGUCUGUGAGUCAACCAAUGAGAAUAGAAACAGUAUCCUCUUCUCCUAAACCAGAAGGUCUUAUCUCUCUAAGUAUCAAGACAGGAUCAGAUUUAUUUUCUAAAAUUACUAGAGUAAAUGUUGCUUCUCCCCCUUUGGACGAAAACAUAUUUACCUCUCCUACUAGAGAAAAUAUGAACGUUACAAUGGAGGAACAUAAUGAAGCUUCCACCAUUAACUCUUCAGAGACUGAUUUAUCCUCUAAACCCUCCCAAUCUAACAGUUCUUCCACUAUUAACUCUUCAGAGACUGAUUUGUCCUCUAAACCCUCCGAAUCUAAGAGUUCUCCUUUUCAAAGAGAAAUUUUGGCGCCUCCGAAAAAAAGAAGCAGAAAAUCCCUCCAACCUUAAAUACAUCUGGAAGAAACUGAGCUCUGCAACUCAAGGGCAAUCUUUACAUUCUUAAACGAAGAGAAAUAUAUUCCCAUAUCGACAUAAACAUCAAGAAAAGCGAAGUGGAUAAUUACGAUUACAAGACAGAAUAGUGAAUAUCUGGUGCCUAGCGCCUACUGCCCAAGUUGACCAAAAAUGUUGAUCAGCGGAUCAGGGAUGUUGUGCUGCAGAUAGUACAAAGUGAUGUGAUUGCCAUAUUUUCUUACUUUAUUUGCCAUAGUUUCAAAUUUAGUAUUUUUCUUCACCCUGAAAUCAUUAGGAUAAUCUUUGCUAAAAAUGAUACCUACUUCCUUUUUAUAUAAACAUGGGGCCACGCCACACUAACCGCGUAGCCAUCUUACCUGGGUAAUUAACCGCCAUAUCGUUGCCAUUUUAACUAUUUUACACAUAACCAGGUAUUAUCUUGUAGUGCGGCAUUUUCAAAACUUUUGCGUACUUUUUCAGUCAUUCAUUUUGUAAUUUCUUAAUUCUUUCUUAAAAUGUUAAUUCAUUAGGUUAAUUCAAUAUCAUAUAGCACUUAAUGUAACGAGAAAACUACUCGUUUUUUGACAAAAACUCUGAUUUUCUAAUCUAUUAAUUCUGUCAGAUCAAAUAGUGUCCAAUUAACAUAUAAAAGGUUUUAGUGUAUGACAAAGACUCAAUUCAGAAUCAAAAAGAAAUUUCAUUCCGAAAAAGUCAAGUAA